CGCUCCGAGCGCACGAUCAUGGACGUCAGCGACCCCACCGCGCCGCCGGGGUCAGAGGUCACCACGGAGGUCAGCGGCGAGCGCGACCCUGCGGCGAACAGCACUGAGUGGCCUGCGGCACUGCUGUUUCAGGAGAAACAUGUGGUCGGCAUCGUUGCGAACUCGUUGAUGUUUGUGAUCUCGGCGCCGGCGAACAUCAGCGUCAUCCUGACGCUGCUGCGGAAGCGGCGGCGGAUGAAGCGGCUGAACCUGAUGCUGCUGCACCUGGCCAUCGCGGAUCUAAUCGUGACCUGCAUCCUGAUGCCGCUGGAGGUCGGCUGGUCGGCAACAGUCCAGUGGCUGGGCGGCGAGCUGCUCUGUCGCCUGCUGGCCUUCUUGAAGGUGUUCGGCCUCUACCUGUCCAACUUUGUCCUGGUCUGCAUCAGCAUCGACCGGUACUGUGCCGUGGUCCGGCCGAUGGCGCUGCUUGGCACGGCCAACCGCUGCAAGCGCACGCUCUCCGCCGCCUGGCUCCUCUCGGCCGUCUGCAGCUUUCCUCAGAUCCUUGUCUUCCACGUGGAAAGACAUCCAGAUCCACGCUACAAACACCUCAACUUCAUCCAGUGCGUCAGCUUCUUCGCCUUUCCACACCCUGCUCUGGAGACGACCUACAACAUUUCCAGCUUUUUGUUCAUGUAUCCCAUACCUCUGCUCGUCAUCGUCUUCUGCUACACUCGAAUCGUGAUGGAGCUGACGCGGCGUACCACAGCGACCAACUCAGAUACGCUGUUUCGCGCCAAUGACUCGGGCUUCUUCGUACGUGCGCGCCAGCGCACCAUGCAGAUGACGUUCGUCAUCGUGCUGACCUUCAUCGUCUGCUGGACGCCCUACUACAUCAUGACGAUCUGGUACUGGGUGGAUCGCAAGUCGGCGGAAACUGUCAACCCCAUGGUGGGUCGGGUGCUGUUCAUCUUCGCCAGCGGCAACUCAUGCGCCAACCCGCUGGUCUACGGCUUCUACCACUCGCAGCUCUGCCUGCUGCCCGAGGUGCCCUGCUCCAAGCGCCAGAAGUCGCCGAGCGUCGAGCUGGCGAUCCUGGACACGGCGCGCACCUGCGACACCCUGCUGCGCCAGUCAUCCGGCCUGAAGCCGGCCUCGCUCAACUGUCGCGGGCGGAACGGAAACAUCAAAGCCUUGGACCAAGGCAACCAACGAACGAACGUCGUUGAAGUCAACCAGCUGUAGGUAGCCUGCUACACCGAAGCCGCGUCCCAGCCGUGCCGCCCUGACAUGCAGAGGGUGCGUGACGGAGGCUGUUCACCGUGGCUAGUCUGAUAUGCUUCUCGCCGUGGCGUGCGCGCGUGAGACGAGUAAGCAGCGGGGUCAUGGACCGGCAGCCGGAGACCGAAGUUGGCUGACGCGAACGUGUGGUGGGCGAGGAUGACGAGGUCAUGAGGGGCGUGCGUGUUACCCAUUCCGUGACUGGAGCGUGGACAAAUGUGGUCAGGGCACAGUGCAAUAGGUCGGAAUGCAUGGUGGGGGUGCCUCAAUGCCAUGCAUCAGCGAGCCUCCUCGCAGCAGUUGUUCAGCUUGCACGACUCGUACACAGGUAUGAUAAGCAGGUGACAAAGUCGUAUUUCCCUGGUCGUACUGAGCGUCGAAUUUGAUGGUCGGCAUGUAUGAAAUGGACAACCAAACAGGCACGACAAAUAUUUUAUCUCCACCCAAAUGAGUUCAAAAGUUGCUCCAGGAAACGGGAGCGGGCUUUAAUCCACCUUCGGGAGAUCAUUGGUCACAGAUUAUGCCUACGCGACUUAACUGUCGUGAAAUUAUCUUUGAGCCACAUGCAAUCGUCGUAUCGGUUUAGUCUUUGUGUUUGGUUCUUCGUGAAAGCAUGCCUUCCGACGUUACCUUCAGAGCAUUCUUAAGAACGUAGCCGUUCAUUCUUACCUGUACAAUGCGCUGCGAGGCAACCCGAGUGGAAGUAGUGGUGUGAUAGCGACGGUUCUCAACUUGCAUAGUAUUAUGUACGCCUGAAGUACAUAUACAAGAGCGAGGAUACCCCCCGCACGGCAACGGCGGCUAAUGCACGUCUGUAGGGCCAUCAAGCUGUACACGACUGUGCCCGCGGCGAUAUAGUGCGCAUUUAUCGUCGCCUGAAACGAGGUUUCAGGUUCAGAACCUUAGUUGAUGUAUUGAAAUCCGGGCUUAUGGAAAACUGGCUUAGCUCCUAGGCUGCUGUGUUUGCCAUUAAUGUUUGUGUACACUUGACAUCGAUGUGGAUCAAAGGGCAUCGCGACUGUCCAGGGCACGGUCGUUACAAUGCAUUGUCUCUUACGGCCCUCACGUAUUGCGUGUCUAGUAACGGCAGUUACUGCGGUUGCAGUUUUAUUCAUGCGUUCAAUGUGGCAUUUCAUGUUCGCCGUGCACUCGUGUGAUUUGCGAACCCCCAUGGGUCAGUGCUGAUUAUAUCGGUGCUCGCGUGCGAUGUGUUUAUAUUCGUAGCCCAUGUCGCAUGUUGUCAAAAUCGUGUUUUGUGUUUCUGGUUGUGUUGUAAGACCAUCGUUUGACGUCAUAAAUACCAC